GAGCUCCGCCCGGCCCAGCCCGGCCCGGCCCGGCCCGCCCGGCGGAGGCGGAGCCGCGCAGGACUCGCCGCUGCCGCCGCUGCCGGAACCGCUGCCAUGGAGGAGUUUCACCCCCACAACGAUGAGAUGAUCUUCAAUGCUGAUGAGGCCCACAACAUAGUUAAGGAGCUAGAGAGAAGCUAAUCACUGGAGAGGUUGCAGGGACAGCUUGUGGAGUCUCCAUCCUUAGAGAUUUUUAAAACUUGACUGGACAAGGCCAUGAACAAUGUUAUCAGACUUGGAAGUUAACCUUGGCAUGUGUGGGAGGUUGCACUCUAUGAGCUCCUUGUUCUAGCUUUUAAAGUACGUUUUUUGCAGAGAAAGAACACGAUGAAAUGCAUAGAAAAUGUUUUAGGCAAGGCAGAUUAUAAUCACAACAAAGUCAACCAAUGGACUGCUGCUAUAGUAGAACAGUCACUGACCCAUCUGGUGAAACUUGGGAAAACCUAUAAGUACAUUGUUACCUGUGCAGUGAUGCAGAGGAGUGGAGCUGGUCUUCACACAGCAAGCUCAUGCUUCUGGGAUACCACAACUGAUGGAACCUGCACAGUGAGAUGGGAAAACCGAACCAUGAACUGCAUUGUCAAUGUGUUUGCUGUUGCUAUUAUCCUGUAGCUGACUGGAAGAGAAAUAGAAGCAACACCGAAGCCUUUAAAAAGAUAAAUCAUCCUAACCAAUAGCUAAAUAUUUCAAACUAUUAUUUGUUUCUGUAUGAGCAGCAUACAGAAGUUCUCUACAGAGAGCAUACAGUCUAAGCCAGUUCUCAUAGAUUAGUUAUCUGAAAGCUAGCAAAGAAAUUUAAUAUAUAUAUAUAAUAUCUAUCUAUCUGAAGAGAAAAUUUUAGUAAUUUAAAUAUUUAGAAGUAUGUUAAUGAGAAGUUGCCACAAAGAUCAGUAGAAUUUAUGUCAAAGCUAAUAUCAAAGAUAUUUUAUUCCAGAGGAACAAAACACAUCAAAGGAAAUGUCAAAGGGCAAGCAAGACCUCUCAGGAUUAUGGUGCCUUUGGGAACAAAUUAUGAACACAAUUCAGAGUGGCUAUACUAUAAACAAUACUGGUUCUUCAUGCUUGGCUAAACAAAGCAAACUCUCCCUUGGAAUGCAGGUACUUGUGAAAUUGAUGAGCAUCACUUUUUGGUCAAGCAUGAACAUUUACAUGGACACUAAAUCCAGGUAAGCUUUCCCCCUGGAGGCAGAGGAGGACUUUGCUGGGACAGAGGUGAAAUAUACCCAGUCCUAGCAGAAUUCUAAUUUGUCUUCAAAUUAAGAGCAUAAUAUUUGUUAGCAAUUCAGGGAAACAUGCUGGGGAUCUGACACCAGUCUUUAAUUCAUAAUUUAUAAAUCUGAAAACAUUCUGAAGGUACUUAAAUUUGAUUUUAUUCCAUGAUUACAGAAUUUGUGACAAGCACUUUAUUGAUUCCUCAUGCAGUAGCUAGGAGCCAGGGCAAUCUGACUGCACCCAUACUUCAGGUAGGAUUAAAGGGAUCAGUGGAAAGGCACACACAUUUCUAGAGGCUCUUGUUAGCUUUGAAAGUAUUUAUCAAAGUAACAUAUCUGUUCUUUAUAAGAGUUCUCCUAUGUUCUCUAAGUCUAGAAUUGGAUCUUAGUCCUGUGAAAUAAAACAGUUACAUUUUCAGCACUAAGAAUUCCCCUCCUUUAAAGAUUUAUGCAAGUUCUUAACUUUGCUCAUCUAAUGAGUCUUAACUUGAAAUAUUCCUCGUGGAAGAAAAGCAUUUGCACACCUGCAAGUAUUUGCUGGAUUGGGGCCUACAUUUUUGUUGAUAAAUGCACAAAUUAUAUGAUAAAGAGAUGUAUCAAUACCAAAAAUGCCUAAAUGAUUGCUGCCACUAAGUGGCAGCUGCAUUAAGUUGUUUUCUCAGAUGCUGCUUAAGGAUAGAAUUUUUUGUUUAUACUGUAUGUCUUUGAAAGAGACUGGUAACAGCCUAACAGUACUGUAGGGCUGUUCUGAAUUUUAAAAAAUGAAUAUUAAAGCGCUGUUAUGCAUUUUUGUUUGGUUUGGGUUGUUUUUGAGGUAACUAAGUAUUAGGGUAUGAAACAAGAGUCCUGUGGAAAGAGCAAGCUAAAGAAUAUUGUACUGCUUAAAUUGUGUGUACGUGUGGCUAGUGUGACACUACAGAAGGAGCCCUGUGUAUGUGUAGUUUACAGUAAUGUUCAAAAUGUCUUGCUUUGCAGACAAAUAAAAUUCUGCUUUUACCGAAGUGCAAGUAAAAUGAAUACUGUAAUACUGCAUUUGCCAAAGGCAAGUGUUGUGUGAAAAUGUGUGUGUUUGUUGUACUGACUUUCAAAUGUAGAUUAAUAAUUAAGCAUUAUUUGGGUUAGGAUAGAAAUGUAUGAAUUAGGUUCCAGCAUCCAAGAGCCAAAUUGUGGAACUGACAAAAAUGCAUUAGUUUCACUCAUAUUUGGGGUUGUGCAAUGUGAAAAAAAUGUGAGGCAGCAACUAGAAGGUGUGGUAUGAUGAGUAUGGUUAAAGAAGUGGGUGAGUAAAAACAGUGGUGGCUGUUGUGCCCCUGUCAUGGGUAUUGAGGUGCAAUGAUCAGAAGAAAUAUUCCACAUAGCUACUUGUAAUCUCAUUUGGUAUUUUUGCUUUACUUGAAAACCAGGUGCACUGAGUAAGACUAUCAGUUUAAUGAGGCUUGGUGAAGGUCCUCCUGCAGAAGAACCCUAGGAAAUACUGCUUAAUUAUAUGACUGUUUAAUUUUCUUUCUACCAAAAAAAAAAAUAAAGUUUUGCCUUAGUUGUA